AUGGAGCAAACCGAUUCUACGACCAUUGAGCGCCCUCUCCGCCUUCUGACGUACGUGGCUACGGCCAUCACAAUCCCUCUGAACAUUGCUACAACUAUUCUGGCACUGGAGCAGAGACCUUAUUACUGGUCCCGCAGGCGACAUGUCUCCGCCUUCUGCUUUGCCUUCAUUCCCUUGGCGAUGACCGUCGCUGCGACUUCGGUCAGUCUGAGGUACAUGAAGACGAACGGCAAAAGUCCCCGUGCUUUGCAAUUCAAGGUCCUCGAUCUUGUUGCGGCUAUUACAUAUCUCGCUGUCCUGAUCCCCUGCUGGGCAGUUGAGCCGCAUAAGUUUGAGGCUGUCGGUUUCGGGGUCCUUAUUGGUUACACAACCGCACCCAUGAUCGUGAACAUGUUCCUCCACAUCUACUUCACAGUAAACGAUCUUCCCUGGAAGACAAUCUUCUCGUCCGUCGGUCUCAAACGGAAGCCAACUUGCCAGCAGUGCCCUAACUGCCAGGCGAAGUUCGUCCCUCACACAACUGAGACUACGAGCAAGGGCUACAGCCUUCUUCGUGGCGAGGAUUAUCUCGAUGUUGAGGCCGAUCCAAUCCAGUACCGAGACUCGGAAGACUUCUUGGGUGAGGGUGCCGAGCGCGCCGAGCAGCCUGAGGCCGGCGCAGUUGAGGAGAGUGGCAAAGGCAAAGAUAUGGUCUAG